GUCAAACACUAAAUCGAACCCUUGACGAUGUGCGCAGACGAGGACCCCCUUGCUGUUGAUGAGCACGCGGCUCAGGACGACACUGAUGCUGACUCCGCCCUCGGAGACGACACCGGUAGCGAUACUACAUCACUAAGAUCCAGUAUUUUGAGGUAUCGUGAGGAGAAUGGCAGGACUUAUCAUGCUUACAAGGAUGGAGGUAAGAUCUGAUGUGCAGCAGAUGCGACAAGAAGUUGAACUAAUUGACACAGCUUAUGCACUUCCUAAUGACGAGAUUGAGAACGAACGAUUAGAUCUUCAACAUCAUCUCUUUCUGCUCACUUUCGACGAAAGACUACACGCAGCUCCCUUGCCCAAGACGCUCAACCGCGCUUUUGAUGCGGGCUGUGGCACUGGAAUCUGGGCCAUCGAGUUUGCUGAUGAGCAUCCCGAGUGCGAGGUCAUUGGCGUCGACUUGAGUCCGAUUCAGCCUUCGGUCAUUCCCCCCAACGCCUCGUUCUAUGUAGACGAUCUCGAGGAGCCAUGGGACUAUUCUAACAAAUUCGACUUUGUCUUUGCUCGCUUUCUCACAGGCUCCAUUCUCGACUGGCCCAAGUUCUUCAGCGAAAGCUACAACAACCUCAACCCUGGAGGCAGAAUAGAGAUGAUCGACAUCAUCUAUCCUCUCCUCUCCGACGAUGACACUCUGACAAAAGACUCAGCACUAUCCAAGUGGUCAGAACUUCUACACGAUAUUUUCACCAAGAAUGGUCGUUCUAUGGAUAGUGCGUUGAAAUACAAGGAUCAACUUGAGGCAGCGGGCUUUGUAGAUGUGAACAUUGUGAAGCGCAAGUGGCCUUUGAACAGAUGGCCCAAGGAUCCCAAACAUAAGCAGAUUGGUACCUGGGCCCAGCAGAACACUCUAGAUGCGUUGGCAGCUUUAAGUCUCGCUGUCUUCACACGCCCUGAUGGUCAGGGCGGACUUGGCUGGAGUAAAGAGGAAGUCGAGGUUUUUCUGACAGAUGUGCGAAAGGAUAUUAAGAAUGUCAAUAUUCAUUCCUACUGGCCGAUUUGGUCGGUGUAUGCUACGAAGCCAGAAUGAAAAUCCAGCGUUGGAAUAGCAGCUUUGUUUAAGGCAGAUAUCAACCUUCCGCGUGCGUCUGGGUAGUUCAGCGGGGAAACAGCAUCAGCAUUUUGAAUCUCAAAAGUGUAGAUUAGUCGGUUAUUAUCUAUCCAGUUCUGUUCUUCUCUUUAGAGGAAGUACUCAAGCAGCGAAUCGCUUGUUCACUAGAUGCACCAGUCUUUGCAGUGCUAAAUGAGCCAGAACAGUGGUUGGUACGAAAUUGUUCUCCCUAUUGUUCUAUGGCCUCUAGGCUAAGAGGUCGGG